AUGAAGAGGACCCCCAGUCAGAAGACAGAUCUCCUGGACCAGCGUCUGGCGGUAACUGAGAACCAAGGCUCAAGUGGUGGUUGGGAACCCCUGAUGGUGUGGGGCUACAAGGUGACUCAUAGGCUUGGCCAGCCAGAGGCCUUCGGGGUGAAUGCAGGCCCCUGUUUUCCUCAGAUAGUCUCCAAGCUCAAGAGGCAGGACCAGACAGAACCUGAUCAGGAACUGCGGUGGUUGGAGCUGGGCUUGGAGGAGAAGGCCCCAGCAGCCAGGGAAGAGGAGUCUAGUACCCCCCAAAGCAGGGGGUGCCUGCUCCAGGCCGUGUGGCAGGGUCCUCCGAGCUUGGUGAUGCAGCUGCUGCGGCAAGGGGGCAACUUGAAAGAACGGGACCGUGCAGGUCGGACCUCGCUCCACCUGGCAGUGCUGCGGGGCCACUUGCCCCUGGUGCGCCUCUUGCUGCAGCGCGGGGCCCCAGCGGAUGCCAUGGACCGUGCGGGGCGCACGCCCCUGCAUGAGACUGCCUGGCACGGGUACUGGAGUGUGGCGGAGCUGCUGUUGAAGCGCGGGGCCCCAGCGGCGGCUCGCUCCGAGACCGGUCUCACGCCUCUGCACUGGGCCGCCGCGCUGGGCCGCACGCUGCUGGCCACGCGCUUGCUGGCCGUGCCGGGACAGGACCCUGCAGCUGCAGACAAACGCGGUUGGACGGCGAUGCACUGGGCAGCGGCGGGCGGAAGGCUCCCUGUGCUCGAGUUGCUGGCGGCAGCCGAGGGCGCGGACCUGGAAGGCGCCUUGAUGGUGUCGGCCACAGUAGGACACACGGCAUCUCUGCGCCUUCUCCUGGCGCUGGGAGCAAAAGUGGACGCCACCGACGGCGCGGGGAUUAACGCGCUCGGCCUGGCAGCAGGCCUGGGCCACCAUCAGGACACUGAAGUGCUGCUGGGCCAUGGGGCAGACCCAAAUGUCAGGGACAAGAACAGCCGCUGUGCACUCCACAGGGCUGCCAGUGGUGGACACCUGCUCACUGUUCAGCUCUUGGUGGCCAGGGGAGCAGACGUGGAUGCUCAGGAUGCACUGGGUCUCACACCUCUGCACUAUGCUGCUCGAGGAGGCCAUGCAGAAGUUGCUAACCAUCUCCUGGACAAUGGUGCACAGGUCAAUGCUGGUGGCUGGCUCCACAAGACCCCUCUGCACCUUGCUGUGGAGCAUGGUCACAGCCCCAUCACAGAGCUUUUGCUGAGCCGUGGAGCUAGCCCUGCCCUUAUGACACAGUGGGGUGAGGUGCCUAAGACAGGUGAUAAUACAGUUUCUGCUUUGAUGGAUGAAACAACCACCUCAAUACUUGACUGUUUGCAGUCACCACAGAACAAGCCCAGGAAGCCCAUGGAGAGGGAGGGGCCACAGCUCUCCUGUCCUUGAUGUUACAGCCCCAUCCACCAGACUGCACCUGCCCCUCCCCAAAUUUCUGCUGUAAUGUAGUCCUCUAAAUCUUGACAUUCAGCUGUUCUGCAGUGAA